UUGUUCUUUCAGUUCAGAAAAUAAACAGACACUGUGUGUUUUGUCGGUGACUUUGUGUGAAGAAGUUAAGUAUUACAUUCUUAGCGCAACGGAAAAAUGGAACAUAUUUUUGAAUUUAGUGAACUUACAACUCAACGGAGAUGGCUGCAGUUAUUGGUGGUGUUUGUUUUUUUUAAUUCAACUGCAGCGACAACCGGGUUUCGAACAUCAGGACUGCAGUUCAGUACGAAGUCCAACGUAACUGUGCCGACAGUAAUCUUUACCCAGAUCAGUCUAGAAAAGUGUUGGGAAGAGUGUACAGCAAGGGUGGCCUGUCGGGCCUUUAACUAUUACAAUCUUUAUAAACUCUGUGAGCUAGACAUUCUUGGGAAUUUGACUGAUGUAUCUACCAGUCAAACAUUUGAUCAAAACGGCGUUGUAUAUUGGUCAAAGACAGAGUUUCCGACCACCAUUCCUUGUGGACCUGCCGGAUCUGUGAACUGCUCCUUGGGACAAACUUGUGACAAGAAUUCAGGCACAUGUAAAAUAAAAGAAUGCGGACCGCUCAAUGUAUCGAAUGAGAUUCUUGUUCGUGGGAAUGUGAACAGGGUCGGCAGCUUUAUUCGUCUUGGCUGUAAAGAAGGCUACGUCCCGUCUUACACCAGGGACAUUGUCGAAUGUGGCAUUGACGGUCAGUGGACCGAAUACGACAUAACUUGCAAGAGAUGCGAUGAGGGUUGGGCAAUGUUUUAUUCUUCUUGCUAUACGCUGUUCCAUCACAGCGUUUCCUGGGUCGAUGCAAAGACCAGGUGCGAGCAGGCAAAGGCCACCCUAGUUUUAAUCACAAGUGAAGAGGAGAGCAAUUUCACCAAUGCAAACUUAUUGUUAGGAAAUCGUGCGCAUGAAAUUUGGAUUGGAACUCGCGAUAUAGCAGAUGAGGGAACGUCGACAUCGGAAUCUGGAGAGAUAUGGUUGUUUCAGCAUUUUGCUGCGAAUGAGCCAAUACAUAUUUCUUCAGCAAAAUGCCAUAUAAUGCUUUAUGAACAAAGAGGUGAUAAUUGGUGGUAUUCUCUUGGUUGCGAACAUGGCAAAUUACCUCAUAUAUGUGAGAAACCGAUAUGAAUAUGUAUCGCAAGAUUCCCGUUUGAACUCUACUAAAAUACAGUAAGUUAGUGUAAGGCAUAAUACUUUAUAUCAGGAUUCCCGUUUUCAAUAUAGUAUACUACUGUCAGUUAUGAUAAUGCAUCAAACUAUAUCUUAAGACUCCCGUUUUACCUUAACUAUACUACAGUAUGUUAUGAUAAUGCAAAAAUCAAACUAAAUCUCAAGCUUCCCGUUUACAUUCUAGUGUACUACAGUCAGCUACGAUAAUGCAUCAACCCAUAUCUCAAGAUUCCCGUUUGCACUCCUCUAUUCUACAGUCAGCUAUGAUGAUGCAUCAAACUAUAUCUCAAGAUUCCCGUUUGCACUUUAGUAUACUACAGUCACCUAUGAUAAUG